AUGUCAUCAGGCCAGCAGCAGACGCAGAAGCAAACAUCCACAAUCCUCCGCAAAGGCGCGCACGCGUUCUGUACCGCGCUGCUCUCCCCGCCUGCCCCUCCGGAACUCCUCUCCACGUACUUCACCUCAUCGCCCAGGAUCACCGAGCACGGACCCGCUUGGGCCCAAGCCCGGCUGCCGUUCCUGGGCAAAACGUUCAAGGGGCGUGAGGGCUGUCUGGAAUAUUUCACUUUGCUCGGCGAGGUGCUCGAGAUGCAGUUGCCCGAGGAUGCGAUUCCGGGGCCUGAGGGGUUCAUUGUGGAUGCGGAGGCGGGCAUGGUGAGUGUGGUGGGGAAGGGUCAUUUCAAAAGUAGGAAAACAGGAAAGGGAUGGGAUGAGCAGUUUAUCUAUAGGCUGAGCGACUUCGAUGCGGAGGGGAGGGUUGGGCAUUGGGAAAUUUGGGCAGAUCCGCUGAGUGCGUGGGAUGCGGUUGGAGCGUGA